AUUAAUCAUCUCAUGCAGUUUUAAUUACAUGCUAUUGCUAUCAUGAAAACAGCGUCAGCUGUUGAAAGUCAGAGUUUUUUAAUUAAGAUUGAUCUGCAUGAUUGUAAUUUCUCAACUAAAUCAAUUGACUGCAAAAUGUGAUCAAAAAGUGUGAAGUGACUCUCAUGAUCAUGUUAAUACAAUUUUUUCAUUAAGAGUUUUCUCAGGGAUCAAAGAGAGACCACAUCGAUCGAUCUUUACUUAAGUGUUGUCUGUCGACAGUCUAGAUCUAGUCGAGCUCUCCUGAUAAAAACAAUUUUAAGUAUUGAAUGUGGUAAUGUGGACCUUUGCAUGGAUAUUCAUACUGGAAGCAKUCGCCAUUACAGCAGCCAAUGCAAUAACAAUCGUCAUAUUCACCAGAACACGCCGUCUUCACAGCAARCAGUACAUUAUGAUUAUCARCCAGGCUGUMGCUGAUCUCUUCGUUGGYCUWGUGUCUGUUCCAAUGUUUAUURUCUUCAUACUUAUUGAAGACCUGAAUUAUCCUUCUUCAUUCAAACGAGUUGUUGUAAUACAUGACUCUUUUUUUGGAUCAGCUUCCUUAUUUGGUUUGGUAGCGUUGGCCACUGAACGAGCACAUGCAACAUACUUUCCAUUCAGACACUCCACCUUAGGUAAAGGACCGUACAUCAUCGGGAUAAUUUCGAUGUGGGCAGCUUCAGUCAUCGUGGUUGUUCCACAUUUUGUUUUCGUCGGAGGUAUCACCAGAAAAAUUAAAAUGUCUGUUAUUGGUGCCUCGUUCCUGAUCAUUUCUGGUGCUUAUUCGCUCAUCGUUCUGAAAGUCCGUUGCGGCACCAUCACUCAAACUCAUGAUGUAACCAUCCAAGAAAACAAGAAACUAACUGUCACUCUUGCUGUCGUUACUGUAUUAAGUUUGGUCACGUGGUUACCCUACCAAUGUAUGAUAGCUGUUGGUUUUCAAACUUCUAUUUUCAUUUCACUCGCGACAAAAUUCCUCCAUUACGGCAACUCCCUCGUUAAUUCUGUUGUCUACGCGUUUCGUAUGCGCGAAAUAAAAAGAGAAAUCUUGCGCAUCUUCCGGUGCUGUCGCAACAAUCDAACCUCAAUUCACGCUGAAAGCGAGUUAGGUAUCGUUCGGACUUGAGUAAUAAAUAGAAUUCUUAUCUUUAUCGGCGUCAUGGAUUCUUUACAUUCACUUGAUAUGAAUUACUUCUACUCGCUUCCUUGUAAUUUAAUCAUUUCUGUAAGAAAUUAUUUAUUACAAGUACUCCAUGGUAGUGAUUCUCACGUACAGCGGAAAAGCUAUUGAAACUAAUYUACAAUUGURCAACARGAUCUGGGCRUUGGCGCUUAAGUGUGAGGUGAGAGCAAGGUCUUCAAGAGAGCCAUUCACCGACAAACAGGCUUCCGUCUUUCUUUGUUUCGGGGUACUUGGACUUUCCAUCUUGCGCUUUCAUUGUUUUAGAUAUGUUUCAAAGACAUUCUUA